UUCUCUCUACUUGAGUAUAGUGCACACGCUAGUAUGUAUGAAUAAAGAGUGUAAUAAAUUCCUAUGAGCUCAAGAAUUGAAAAAUACGACGAGUAGAUCACAUUUUGAUGUUUUACGGUUUAAGGAGUGUAUUGGAAACUUAUCAUUUCCUGUUACAGAAGCUGUCGUCGUACAAAUCAGUUAUGGUAUCAGAAAAGAUGUCAUAUAGCUCUAUACUGUUAUUGUCUUCUACGAAAAAUUGUGCACACUUUGACUUCGGAUUCUUUUAGAAUGGUACCAUGAAUUCUGAUGAUUAAGAUUUAUAUGAUUGUGGAUUUCUUUGAUUUUCUUUUUUUUUUUUUUUUUUUUUUUUGGGGGGGGGGGGGUUAUCCCGCAAUAUGCUUAAUCUUUAUGAUUUGUAGCACUAACCGAGACUUUAUUGGCUUAUUUGUUUAUUUUUCUCUCAAGAGUGGAGGAGCUCCGAGUGAUGAGGAAAAGGAGCUGCGCGCAGAAAUUAAACAGCUUUUGAAAGAAGCUAGCACAUUGUCACAACCAUCGACGUUUGCACAAGCAGCAAAACUUAGGAGAACAGCAGCAGCUAAGGAAAAAGAGCUUAUAAAAUGGCAAGAACAACAAAUUCUAGAUAGGAAAUCAUUAUACGAUCCAUAUAUGAAGUAUGUGACUCCUGUAAAGGCAUUAACCUAUCUUUUGCUGGGAGUUUGGUUUUGGAAAUACCCUGUUGGAUCAAUAUCUAAGGAGCUUGUACAACCAUUUGGAAGGAUGCUAUCUUGGAAAUCUGGUGGUGGUUCAGAGGACAAAGUAAUGAUUGGUAUUGUACCUUGGCUAAUAUUAUGCUCCAGGGUUAGUAAGCUCAUCUGUCGGAAGGUCAUGUAAGAUUUUACUGGUGUUUUGUGGUCAGCAGCUAGCUGUUUAAUUCAGAUUUCUGAAGUCUGAGUGAGCAUUUGAAAUAUAUGGGUUCAUGUUGCUGUUUUUGUCGCACUGGCACAAACUUAUAAAGCAAGCGUAAAUCAAUAGAAAAGGAUCAACGUAUAUAGCACGCUGGAAGGCUUUGAAACUUUAUCUUGCUUGGUCUUAUGCAGAUAUCUCAUACGAAUUAUAACUGAUCUUUUUAUGUUCUUUUUUUUUCUUUUUGGAUUCUUUGAAGAAUACAUGUCUCUUGCUGGUUCCUAAUACAAAGUAAAUCUUUAUUAUGUGCUUUGUAAUUGGGUUCAAUGGACAAGUAUCAUUUCAUUCUCACAUAUUUUGCUGAAUACAUGGAUUCUGAAUU